GUGCUGGGAUGGCUGGAGAAGGUCCCCAUGUGCGGUUGAGCUGAGGGAGGCGUGAAGCACCAUCCAUCCCCUGCUGACAUUUGAGAAUUGGAGGUAUGGAUCUUCGGCAUCUGCUGUUUACUUUGGCACUGAUCUGUGCAAAUGACUCACUUUCUGCAAGUGAUGAACUUUUGCAGUGGCCACAGAUCAGCAAGUGCAGAUCGCCUGAACUGGAGACAUUUUCAUGUUAUUGGACUGAUGGAAAUUUUUAUAACCUCACUGCUCCAGGAACAAUACAACUAUUGUACAUGAAAAGGAAUGAUGAAGACUGGAAAGAAUGCCCUGAUUAUAUCACUGCAGGAGAAAAUAGUUGUUAUUUCAACACGUCCUACACCUCUAUUUGGAUACCGUACUGUGUUAAGCUUGCCAAUAAAGAUGAAGUAUUUGAUGAAAAAUGUUUCAGCGUUGAUGAAAUAGUACUGCCUGAUCCUCCUGUCCACCUUAACUGGACUCUGCUAAAUAUUAGUCAGACUGGGAUCCAUGGGGAUAUUCAAGUAAAAUGGGAUCCGCCACCAACAGCAGAUGUUCAGAAGGGAUGGAUUACUCUGGAGUAUGAAUUGCAGUACAAAGAAGUUAAUGAGACAAAAUGGAAGGAGUUAGAACCCAGGCUCUCAACAAUGGUUCCACUGUACUCUCUGAAGAUAGGAAGAGAUUAUGAGAUAAGAGUCCGAUCAAGACAACGUACCUCCGAAAAAUUUGGCGAGUUCAGUGAAAUCCUUUACGUAUCUUUUUCUCAAACAGGCAUUGAAUUCGUUCAUUGUGCUGAAGAAAUUGAGUUUCCAUGGUUCUUGGUUGUUAUCUUCGGAGCAUGUGGGCUGGCCGUAACAGUGAUUUUAAUCCUGCUGUCUAAACAACCAAGGUUAAAAAUGUUGAUUUUCCCUCCUGUGCCAGUUCCAAAGAUUAAAGGGAUUGACCCAGAUCUCUUGAAGAAAGGAAAGCUAGAUGAAGUGAACUCCAUCUUAGCCAGCCAUGACAACUACAAAACACAGCUAUACAAUGAUGACUUGUGGGUUGAGUUUAUCGAGUUGGACAUAGAAGACCCUGAUGAAAAGAACAGAGUCUCAGAUACUGACAGGCUCCUGAGCGAAGAUCAUCUGAAAUCACACAGUUGCUUGGGAGCAAAGGAUGAUGAUUCUGGACGGGCCAGUUGUUGUGAACCAGAUAUUCCAGAGACAGACUUCAGUGCAAGCGACACAUGUGAUGCCAUCUCAGAUAUUGAUCAGUUCAAAAAGGUAACUGAAAAAGAGGAGGAUCUCUUGUGCCUUGAUAGAAAAGAUAACGAUGAGUCAAUUCCCAGCCUUGCCGACAUAGACACCCAACAGCCGCGUAUGAGUACUCAGUCCGAAAAUAGCCAGCCACGGCCACCUUUUGCAGGCAGCAUUGACUCAGCUAGUCCAUCAGUCCAUGCCCAGCUAAGUAACCAGAAUUCAUUGACAAAUACUGACUUUUAUGCGCAAGUGAGUGAUAUUACUCCAGCGGGCAGUGUUGUACUUUCACCAGGGCAGAAAUCCAAGGUGGGGAGAGCACAGUGUGAAGGCUGCACAGAACAAAACUUCACCAUGGACAACGCCUACUUCUGUGAGGCAGAUGUGAAAAAAUGUAUUGCUGUGACUUCCCAUGAAGAGGAUGAGCCGCAUGUUCAGGAGCAAAGCUGUAACGAGGACGCUUACUUCACCACAGAGAGCCUUACCACUACUGGUGUCAAUCUUGGAGCUUCAACAGCAGAAACCCCAAGUUCAGAGUUGCCUGUCCCAGACUAUACGUCUAUUCAUAUCGUUCACUCUCCACAAGGCCUUGUGCUCAACGCAACAGCACUGCCUGUGCCAGAAAAGGAAUUCAACAUGUCGUGUGGCUAUGUGAGCACAGACCAGCUGAACAAAAUCAUGCCGUAGCUCUUCUUUGACUAGGUGUGUGCAGUAUUUCACAGCAGAGAGUCAGCCCGGGCUUGUAUGCUGAAACCAAAAUGAAGUCUAAAAGUUUCUCGUGGUUCUUAUAAUUUUAGCUGAAAUGUUGCAACAUAGAAUAUUCAUCAAAAUAUUCCUAUUGUGUUCUGUAAAUAUUAUCUAUAAAUUUGUCUUGAGACUGUUUUACUAGCAGUGACUGUCUUGUUCUUGUGGAUGUUGAUUUUUGUGAUACUAAACAUUGAAAUUACUAUGUUUAAUGUACAGUAAAUCAUGCAUUUUGAUAAAGCUAAAAAUCAGGUGGUUUAAAGUCUAAGAAUUUAGUAAGAACCAUGCUGUUGGCAGAGAUCUUUAUAUCAGUAAUUUGGAACUGAACAUAUAGGUGAAAAAACAAAAGUAGCUUGAAUGAAUAACACAUCUAUUUUGAUUUAUAUAAAUUAAUAAAAUAUAUUUUAAUAUUUUAGUC